ACCGGGAAAAAAGAACAGUAACAGUCGGGUGGCAUAUUGGGGGCUCGCAGAAACCCUAAUUGAUAUUCUUUCGAGAGAAUCGAAUUAUUGAGAUGAGGAUACUGGUGCAUGAAUUGAAUGCUUCUUAAUAGAAACUCUGCCCUGAAUUUUCCUUCAAGUUUUCCUUUUUGUACUGGAAUGGAACCGGAGAUGGAUAAAACCAUCUCCGGUUGGAUAGCGGAGUACAUUAUCAGGCGACCACUUGCGGAUCAUAUCCUCAAGAAGCUCUUGUCUGGUCUCGAACUUCCAGAGGAUAAUACUCGGUUAAAGAAAACCGUGGUUCUGCGGUGGAUCUCUGACGAGAUUGCGGAGGGUUCGGUGUCUGAGACAAUCCUCGACUCCCUCCAGACGAUCGAGGAACUGGACAGUAAGGAAGAUUGCAAAAUUACGGACUCGAUGAAGCGGGCUUACUGCGCGGUGGCGGUGGAGUGCACAGUGAAAUACCUCGUGAGCGGUGGGGUCAACAGACGAAAAUACCAGGAAGCAGUAAACAGGAUAUGGAGAGAGAGGAUUCGGAGUCUCUCAGGGAAGAGCGAACUGGUUUGCUCGCAGGAGUUGAGCAAGUGCAGGGAGGAGGUAGAAGCUGCUACUUGGGACAAGGAAAUGUGCUUACAUUUAACGCAGAGGAAUACCAGGAACGAUGCUUUAACCUCGGUUGGCGAGUAUGUCACCGAGGCGUUUACGGUGAUGGGUCCUCCGUAUCUUGAAAAAGUGGCGAUUAGGAAGAUAACGGAGAUGAAGGAAGGACCGGGGACUAAUGUUGCUGGCGACGGAACGCGGGCGGACAAUGCUCAGCAGGAACCGCAUGGUUUUUCCGAUGUGGUGGUUCAGCAUGAUACUGAAAUGGUCGAGCAUGCGGAAGCGCACAACUUUAACGGUAAAGAGACCGGCGAAGAUGUAUCUCGGCUGUUGGUUAGUGAAGGAGCUGUUGCCAAUGGGAAAGUUGUGGUAGAGACUGGUACGGCCCUCGAAGAAGAAGGGACAAGGAAAACAGAGAAAGAAGGAGAGGAAGGAGGAGGAGGGGGAAAAUCUGAGGGGACAAAAAGGGGCUCUAGAGAGGAAGAAAUCUGCAAGGUGAAAGAGUUGUCAAGACAAAAGCAUGCUCGGCAUUGGAGAUGCCGUGGAGCAAAGAUAUUCGAGACUGGGGAAUCAGAUGAAGAGCUAGUAGUCAGUAAAUGCAGUCCUGUUCUAACUCCUGAGUAUAAUAGAGUGCGAGAAGAACUUCAAACUAGUGUAUUGGAGUUAGAAGCAAUCGUCAAAGACCCGCUCCCGGAUGCUUUACAAGUAGCUGAAACUGUGAGUGCUGAGAUGACCAAGCGAGACAUGAACACUGAGACUGUUGUACCUGUUCGGAAUGCAUCUGGGACAGCCGAGGGGGUUAAUUGUGGAAAUCAGAAUUCUACGCGGCACAAUGAUGCACGUAAAUGCAGUUUAAUGGCAAGAAAUAGCACUGCCUGUGUGCAUGAGUGGGAUAACUCUUCUGAAGAAACUCCUGGUGAUAGAAUUCGUUUACCUAGCCCAAAAAGAAUGGCUAUCUCUCCACUGAGAAGGCAAGCACUUGAAAAAAUAAUUAGGAGAAGGAAACCAAGAAAAUGGAGUCUGGAGGAAGAAGAUGUUUUGCGGAAUGCUGUUAAAAAGUAUGGGAAAGGAAAUUGGAAAUUUAUCUUGAAUGCUCACCGUGAUGUUUUCCUAGAGAGAACUGAGGGAGGCUCAAUUGUAAAUGUAUCAACUGCUCCAGAAGUGCUGAUUGUACAUAUUUUACAUAUCUGGCUGUGAAGAUGCUCUUUCUUUUAUUUUGGCUUGUCCAAUGGAGGUCAUGAAACUGGGAUACUGUCCCCUUAAGGUAAAUCCCAUGAGAUGGGAAUGUCACGAAGCUACCAUACUCGGGCUUGAAGAUACUUUUGUUUUGUAUAGAUGCUGAUAAGAUGAUAGUGUUGCUGAUGCGCAGGCGCAGAGGCAGCCGGUAGAAGGUAAUGUAAUCUGUUGAGUCUCCAAAAGUUGUUUUUGUUUUGUAGUUUGAAAUGUAUGUAAAAUGCAAAUGAAGGCGAAGGCCUCUCUAACUCUCCUUGUAUAUUUUGGCUUAAAAUAGAGAAAUGUUUUUCUUUUUGAAGAAAA